AUGGCAGAGACCGAACCCAAGGCUCCGACCACUGAGGUCGCCCCCGAAUCGACCUUCACCGAUGAGGUCCUCCGCCCCCGUGGCUGGAUGUACAAGCGCCUCGGCUCUGACAAGUUCAACCUUGGCUGGUAUGCCUCGCCCAAGUUCCAGCUGGGCAUGGUCGCCUUUGUCUGCUUCCUGUGCCCUGGCAUGUUCAAUGCCCUGAGUGGUCUUGGUGGUGGUGGUAAGGCAGAUGCCAAGUUGGCCGACAACAUGAACACUGCACUCUACAGUACCUUCGCGGUGGUGGGUUUCUUCGCGGGUACUAUUGUCAACCGUCUGGGUGUUCGCGCUGCUCUGUCCUUUGGUGGUAUUGGUUACUGCAUCUACUCAAUUUCCCUCCUCGUCUCAGUGCACAAGUAUGUCCCCGGUUUCAACAUUUUCGCUGGCGCAUUCCUCGGUGUUUGCGCUGGUCUGCUGUGGACUGCCCAGGGCACUAUUAUGAUGUCCUACCCUCUGGAGCAGUCCAAGGGUCGCUACUUUGCCUGGUUCUGGGGUAUUUUCAACGUUGGCGCCUGUCUUGGUAGUUUGAUCCCUCUCGGACAGAACAUCAAUGUCAAGACCAACGCCACCGUCAGUGAUAGCACCUACAUUGCCUUCAUUGUGCUCAUGUUCAUCGGUGCCUGCCUGGCCCUGUUCAUUUGCGAUGCCGACAAGAUCGUCCGUGAGGAUGGUUCCCGCGUCAUUCUGAUGAAGAGCCCCAGCUGGUGGACUGAGAUCUACGGUCUGUGGGAGACUAUCAAGGCUGAGCCCUACAUCAUCCUGCUCUUCCCCAUGUUCUGGUCCUCCAACUGGUUCUACACCUACCAGCAGAACGGCAUCAACGGUGCCUACUUCGAUACCCGCACCAAGUCCCUGAACGGUUUCCUGUACUGGUUUGCCCAGAUUGUGGCUGCCGUCAUCAUCGGUCCUCUUCUGGAUGUUGAUGGUGUCCGCCGCAGUCUCCGUGCCAAGAUUGCCUUUGGUGUUCUGUUCACCCUGACCAUGGUUAUCUGGGGUGGUGGCUAUGCCUGGCAGAAGCACUACACCCGUGAGAGUGUUGGCGCGGAUGCUAUUGCCGCUGGCACCUUCACCCCUUGGGACUGGACCACCAAGGGUUACGUUGGCCCCAUGUUCCUGUACUUCUUCUACGGCAUGUACGACGCUGUCUGGCAGGGUACUGUCUACUGGUUCAUGGGUGCCCUCGGCAACUCUGGCCGUCGUCUAGCCAACUUGGCCGGUUUCUACAAGGGUCUCCAGUCCGCCGGUUCCGCUGUGAUGUGGUCCCUCGACAGCAAGGAAACCCCCUUCAUGAACUUACUCGCCUCCAACUGGGGUAUCCUCUCUGGCUCCCUCAUCGUCGCCCUCCCCGUCGUCUUCAUGCGUAUCCGGGAUACCGUCCCCCUCGAGGACGAUCUCAAGGGCACCGACGAGACCAUCGAGGACGUCCUUCCCCCAGGUGCGAUUGCCGAGAAGCGCGUCACUGGCGAGAUCUAA